UUCAACAAAAGGUUUUAGGAUUCAUUUCCAAAAGGUUGUUCUUUUAGCCAGUUAAGAGUUACAAUCAUGUUGGUUCUACGUUGUGUCCUUUUCUUUGUGCUAUGUUUUUCAGACAUGGGUAGUGCCGAGGAAAAUGUCGAAUGUGAUAACAGAUCAUGCAACUACUUCAACAAUGCUUUAUGCGGAGGUCCUGCUCAUGGUACGUGUGUCUGUGGUACCUGUUCAUGUAACCCCGGAUAUACAGGCGAGGAGUGUGGUUGUACGACUAAUACAGAUAAUUGUAUGUCUUCUGACGGGUCCAUAUGUAAUAACCAGGGAUACUGUGAAUGUGGAAGAUGUAGAUGUAAGGAAGGAAGUCAUUACCUAGGACCUUUAUGUGGAGAUUGCAAGGAUUGCAACAAAACAGGCUAAGAUUUCAGUUCCAGUUGAGUCGACAAAAGAUUGUCCUCGACAUUGACCGAAGGAGGACGAUUUUGAGUCUAAUCACUAAAUAAAUAAUUUGCUAUACUAAUAAAAUGUAUCCAUAUACACCAGUGCUACAUAAUACCUCUCUGAAAUAUAAC